GAUUUUGUACUCAUACUCUCACUCCUCCACUCUACUCUACUCACUCAGUGAGUGUGUGACCACUUCUCUUCACUCUCACCUGUGAACUCACUCUUUCUCUCUCCUCCCCACAAACCCAAACCAACUAAGAUAGAGAUAUCUCAUUUUUUAGAGAGAGAAAAUUCAUCCAUUUUACUAAAGAUUCCCCUGUUUUUUCAGAAGCAUAACAGUUUCUCUAUUCUCCUUCAAUUCCUUCUUUUUUUAGGGUUUUUGUCAUUUGCAUUGUAAACCCAGAUCAAAGAUCAUAACUUUCUUUUAUUUUCUAAUUAUUACUAUUAUUUUAAGAUUCCCUUUUCAAUGUGAUUGCGAUGUAUGCUUAAAUCUCUGCCUUUUCACGCUUUUAUAAUCAGAGAUUCUCGUUUUUAUCUUACUUGUUAUUAUUCACUCAUUAUUACUCUUUUUUUUUUCGAAUCUCCCCUUUUUUAUUUUUAAUCUAAAGUUUGCAUUUUUACUCCAAAAUUAUGAAGAUUGAUGUUCUUAUAAUAUGCCUUCUCAAAUCUGGGUUUCUAAUUAAUUCUUCCCAUUUCUAUUUUAGCUGAUUAAUUCUAUUUUUCUGAAGAAUUUAUGUGAAAAAAUAGUAAAAAUGAGUGAUUUAUCAGCAAGAACUUCAUCAGCUUUAGCAAUUACUGAGAAAAAGCCGCAAAUUCAAAGGGCUGGUGGUUGUGUUGGGAUUUUUUUCCAGCUUUUUGAUUGGAAUCGGAGGUUUUCCAAGAACAAAUUCUUCCCCAAGAAGCUUCUUCCUCCAGUUCGUACGAAAGUUUCGAAGAAAUUCAAUGCGGAGGAGAAAUUGCCAGUGACUAAGCAUAAGCAUUUAUUGAUGGCUGAUGAGAGCAAUGCUGGUGGGUUUUCGAGUAAAUCGAAGAAAAAUGGGGGUUUAGAGAGUAAAAAGCAUGAAAUGAAAGCUCCUGGGUUGGUUGCUAGGUUAAUGGGAUUGGAAACAAUGCCUCGUCCGGUUGUAGAGCAUGAUAAGUAUAGCAAGGAUUUGACGAAGAGUGAAUGUGAUAAGGGUAAAGGAGAGAAAUUUGGUAGUGGGUUGGUUAAGGAGGAGUUGAGUUUAAGUCCGGAGAAGGGGAAUGUGAGACCUCAAAAGAUUCAGAAGACGGGGGGUUCUGAUAGGAAGCCGGUUACUAGGUUUGGGGCUGAGGCUUUGCAAAUUAGGAAUGUUUUGUCAAGGUCUAGGAAGAAUCAACAUCAUCAUCACCACCACCCGAAGCUUGCUUCCCCGGUGAAGAGUCCCAAAAUGGGGAGGAAUUCGUCUAGGUUGAUCGAUGUUGCUGCUAGGAUUUUGGAACCUGGGAUACAAGCAACGAACCGUGCUAGGUGUAGUCUUACUUAUUCUAACUCAGGAGUGCAGCAGCCGUGGAAGGAGGGGGCCAUGAAUGAGGUGAGAAGGGAGGUUGAUUUGGAAAAUGACAUGUUGAAUGCACAAGCUGCUUGUCAAAGUUGUGGGAACAUGUUGGAGCAGGAGGUGAAUUUGAGAUAUAAUGACGAAGACAAAUAUAGGGAUGUUGAUUUGCAAGGGUCUCAUUUUAGGGAGGUUUUCUUUGAUGGAUUGGAAGAAAGUCGGCCAAGACCGGCUGUAUAUUUGGAAAAUGAAAACGAUGUGGUUCUGUUGAAAACCAGGUACCAGUCUGAAAGUGUGACCGCCCAGCCAGUGGAUAAUAGAUCACCCUUUCAAAACGAAACGUUCAGGAAUGAGGUGCAUCAGUCACAGUGUCAUGAGCAGAUACCAGCAAGCAGGAUGUUUACCUCCCAGAAGGAUGCAUCUCCUUCUAUUAACACGAAGCAUAGGGCUCAGAGGCAUGGACAGUUGUUGCAUGGAGAUAGAGUUCCACCAAAGUCUAAAAUAGCAAACACACAGGGAAGAAGAGUUCCAUCAGCUGUCAAUCCGGUUAAUGGAACAAAGGAUUUUAUUGCCCUCAACAGAAAUGUGAGCAGGAGCCGUCUAAGAGCUCCCAGCAAACCUGAUAGCAGUAUCGAGACAGAAAGAAGAUUUUGUACAGGGAAGAAUGAAUCUCUAGCAACAGAAAGCAGUCCAGUUAGGAAAAGGAGGACUAUAAAUGUUAAUCGGCCAGCUGACAAUGCACAUGCUGCAAGUUCCAUACUCGAUAAACAAAGAAGUAAUAAGGUCAAUAUUGUAGCUCGAAAUGGGACAAGAAUCCAUUCUCCACCUGCAAAUCAAAUUGGUCUCAGAGGCAGGCCUUCUGGCCAAAGAGGUAAUAAAAAUACUGAUAUUGUUUCUUUCACCUUCAACUCCCCAGUAAAGUCAGCUACAGGGACAACUUCUGAUGAAAUGGGUGCCAAAAGAAGGGAUCUGAUUCACUCUUCCACUAACGAGAAUCUACAGCAUAAAUUGACAACGGAAGAAACCAGUGUGAGAAAACCAUCCCAAAACUAUUUGCAAAUGAAUGGAGAUGCUCUAGGUGCUUUAUUGGAGCAAAAGUUGAAGGAACUUUCUAACCAAGUAGAAAAUGAAGCAGCAACAGGAUUCAUGCCGUCUGCAAGAACCACUGCUUCAAUUCUUCAGGAACUAAUAUCUGCUUUGACAGCUGAGAGGCCAGUUUCAUGUGAGGAUGAAUCCCUUGGAACUGAUUCAAAAGAUUCACAGUGUUAUAGCGAAGUUACAGAUAGUGCUUCUCAGGCCUGUGAGGCCAAGUUGAGGAACAAAAGAUCUUCGGACGGAUUUUCUCGUGAAGUUGACCAUUUUAGCCCAGGAUGUGUUCUUGAUGCCUCAUUUUCAAAUGAUAGCUGCAUUUCAAGCAGCAUUGAUGAUAACUCAGUUAAACCGAUGGUCUGUUCUGACACUGAUCUGUUGGAUUCUGCAUCAUCAACGAACAAGCCUCGCUGCUGUGGUGUUAUGGUGGUGACUGAUCUUGUAAAUCAUGCCUCAUCAGUACUACAGAAUGUCAAUCGCAUUCAUUCUAAAUUAACCACAACCAAGCUUGACUACAUUCAGGAGAUUGUUUUAAAUGCUGAACUCUUAUUUGGCAAUGCUGCUGCACCUAGUUCAUCAAGAAUUCUAGAUUUUCUCAUAGGCCCAUUUCUAGAUGAGCUAGAAUCCCUUGUUGUUGCAGCAUGGAAAGACAGCAUCAUUCUCGGUAUUGAGGUGAGAAAAGAGGAUAACCCGUUACGGAGAUUUCUGUUUGACUGUCUUGUAGAGUGCCUCGAUGUAAAGUACACCCGGUAUUCUGAUUCUGGGUUCAGGACAUGGAGUAGGCUACCAAAGAGCAUCGAUGCAGAAGUUUUGAUUAAAACUUUCGAUGAAGAAGUUAGGAAGUGGAUUAGCUUUUCCGGGAACACAACAGACGGGAUAAUAGAGAGGGAAAUGAGUACUUCAUUGGGUAAAUGGACAGAUUUUGAUAUCGAAGCAUAUGAAAUGGGUGCCGAGAUCAGUCAAGAUAUUGUUCAGAUCUUGGUUGAUGAAAUUGUGACAGACCUUUGCAGGUCCAACUUACGCGUUUACUGAUUUUACUCCUAAUGCAGAACUUUCGCCGGUUAUGUAAUAAUCUGUAACUGAUAAUUACCAGUCCCCCCUGUUUAAAAUUUUUGUACAAAUGAAAGUGGUACAUUGGAGGGUUAUUGGGUAACUUAAUUCUCACAUAGGUAUUAUAAUGUUAAUCCUGAAGUAGUAGAUGUUAUUUUUUUUUUGGAAGGUUUAGUAAUUAAUGUACUUGGAAGGUUGUAAGCUUGUAACUCCUCUUGAUCAGUACCAUACUCGAAUAUUAAAAAUUCAAGAGCUAAAUAAACCUUAGCUUCUUAAUUUUCCGAAA